AUGACACAGACACCGCCACCCGCAACCGAAACGCCUCUCACAAAGUUACCUCGGUACUUUCCUACAUCAUGCAUGCAGUGCACAACACAGACGGGCGCCUUCUUCCGUUGCUUUGAAGAGCACGCAGUCAUGAUGAACGAUCAUGAUGUGACAACCGCCAAGACGUCCCUGCAGCACUGCCAGCCAGAGCUGCGGGAGUACAUGACCUGCAUGGAGAACUACUUUGCAGCGAAUAAGAAACCGUGGUGGAAGGUAUGGUAG